AUGUUCUCUCUUUUCUGUCUUCAACUGCAGGGUGAAACUGAAGUUCCCUCUGUUGCUGUCACCAAGACUCCUAAGGGGGAGGGUCUUGCUAACUUGGAGGUGGAGCCAGAUGAGUAUGAAAUCCCUGCUGACCUAUCAUCUGAUGAAGAGUACAUGGUGGUAGAGGAGACGGAGUCAUCCCGGGGCGCCCGUCUGAAACAGAGCGGGUUAAAAAGCAUUGAGAACAUCAAAGCUGCGUUUUCCAAAGAGAACAUGAACAAGACCCGUGAGAAGACGCGAGAAAACCUCAGCAAGACCAAGGAGAGCCUGAGUAAGACGGGCCAAACGCUUGGAACCAAAUUCAACACCUUGGGUGAGAAGAUUGUGCCCACUGAGCAGCGAGAGAAGAUCCGUCAGAGCAGCGAGAGGCUCAAGGAGAACAUCGCUAAGAAAGCACCCAAUAAAGAAUCGUUCAAAAUCAAGCUGAAGAAGGAACGCACGGUCGCUGAGGGCCAGGAGGGUGCGGAGGCCGAGCCUGCUGUGACUCCUCCCAAAGGCAGGAAGUCUAGCCCAGAUGUGACCUACACAGAAGUGGCUACCGAGAACAAGAGGGAAGGUCCAGUAUCAGAGGAGGGAGCGACUCGUAUCCAAGAGGACUGAAAACAGCAGCUCACCACAGAAACUGUGGAGAAAUUGAAGGAAAAAACAUAUAGAAUGCAGAGAAAGUAAUUAUUUAGCAAGUGGAAGAGGUUAUUUUUCAUUUAAAAAAAGGGUGCUCCAAAAUGUGAGAGUGUAUGAGUAUGUGUAUUUUAGGUAGCUAAAUUAAUAAAAAAAAAGAGUGCAAGCACUAGAUGUGUUUUUAUCAUUUCUGUUACCGUAAA